CAGGCUUUUAAACGUUCAGACUCGCGGAGACAGUCAUUGCAUUUUAAUCUCGCGCCGUGUUCGUCUAAAUCAUUUUAAUUUAGAUUCUUUUCAAAUUGAAAAGUAUUUUUCUUUCUGCAAUCCUGAAAUUUUGUAUUUUUUGUUGUGUUAUGAAGUGGAUUUUAUUUUUUGUGGCCGCGUUUGCCCAGGGCUUGGGCAGUUCUGAUUUUAGUUAUGAUUACUAUCGUUUGCCAACGUCUUUACGGCCUCAGAAAUACCAUCUCAGUAUUUUGACCCACCUCGACAAUCCAGAAGAUCUCCGUUUCGAGGGCACCGUAAAAAUUAUAAUCGAAGUUCUGGAGAAUACCAAAAAUAUAACACUUCACUCCAAAUCUCUGACCAUCGAGGAGUCCAAAACCACUCUACGCCAAAUUAGUGGAGAGAAAAGUGAAAACUGUGUCAACUCCACAGCCGUGAAUGUCGAUCAGGACUACUAUAUCCUCCACACUUGCCGGGAACUGAUUGCCAGUAAUAUUUAUGAGCUUAGCUUAGUCUUUUCGGCCCAGUUAGGCUCUGGCCUUAAUGGAUAUUACCGCAGCUCCUACAUGUGUCCCCAGGAGAACAAAUUAAGAUGGAUUUCCGCUACUCAAUUCGAACCGAUUUAUGCACGUAUGGCUUUUCCUUGUUUCGACGAGCCAGCAUUAAAGGCAUCAUUCGUCGUAACUUUGGGGUAUCACAAAAAUUACACGGGAUUAAGUAACAUGCCAGUAAAGGAAACUAAGCCCCAUGAUCAUCUUCCGGAUUAUAUUUGGUGUGAGUUUGAAGAGUCAUUGGUCAUGUCCACCUACCUGGUGGCCUACUCUGUAAAUGAUUUUUCACAUAUCACCUCCAGUCUGAAAGAUGGACCCGUAUUCCGAACCUGGGCCAGGCCCAAUGCAAUCCCCCAAUGUCGUUUUGCUGCUACAUUCGGACCCAAAGUACUCAAUUUCUAUGAAGAGUUGUUCCAAAUAAAGUUCCCGCUAACAAAAAUCGAUCAAAUCGCUGUGCCCGAUUUUGAAACUCAUGCCAUGGAGAACUGGGGCUUGGUGAUCUAUAAAGAAAACAUCCUGCUCCACUCUUAUAAAAAUUUGGAUCUGAGUGAGCGGCAGACUGCGAAUUCAAUUGCUCAUGAACUGGCACACCAGUGGUUUGGAAACCUGGUCACCAUGAAAUGGUGGACGGAUCUGUGGCUCAAUGAAGGAUUUGCUACUUUUGUGGGCACCUUGGGCGUAGACCACGUCUAUCCGAAAUGGCAUUACAAAGAUAUGAUGCAUCUCACCAACAUAUUGUUAUUAUUUCAAUAUGAUUCUUUGGAGUCAAGUCAUCCUAUCUCGCAGAAUAUCACACAUGCGCACACGAUAAAGGACAAUUUCGAUUACAUCGCGUACAACAAAGGGUCGGCUGUGCUCCGAAUGAUGCACGCGUUUCUUGGCGAGGAAUCGUUCACAUACGGCCUGAAAACAUAUCUCAACUUGUAUGCUUACAAAAACGCUGAAUCCGACAAUUUAUGGGAGUCUCUUACUCAAGCGUCUCACAAGUUUGGUGUGUUGCCCGGAAACUACGAUGUAAAAACCAUAAUGGACUCAUGGAUACUCAAUACAGGCUUUCCUGUUGUAAAUAUCACACGUGACUAUGCCUCCAGAACCGCAAAUCUCAGUCAGGAGAGAUUUGUUUUAAGUACCAAUCAGUCGGACCUAAAGAGCAAAAGUUGCUGGUGGGUACCACUGAGCUACACCACCCAGGCAGACCAGGAUUUUAACAACACUUCUCCCAAAGUAUGGCUGGAGUGUGAUGAAAGUGGUAAGAGUGCGCCUAAAACAAUCAAGGAUCUUCCCGGACCAGAUGAGUGGGUGAUCUUCAACAAUCAGUUCUCAACGCUAUGCAUCAUCAACUACGACACGCAGAACUGGAACCUCCUUACCAAAACUUUGACAACAGGAAGUUUAAAGAGUUUCCAUAUAAUGAACCGAGCCCACCUUAUCAAUGACGUCUUAUAUUUGUCUUGGAUCGGCGAACAGGACUAUGAGACCGCCUUCGGUUUGGUGGAUUAUCUGCAAAGGGAGAUCGAGUAUUUACCGUGGAAGGCCGCCGAUGAAGGCCUAGAUAGAAUAAAAGACUUCAUUAAUCAUACGCCAUACGUUGGCAAAUUUAAGAGCUUCAUUAGAAAAUUGACCACCCCGAUUUACGAGAAAUUAAAUACCACGAUUAGUUGGAAUUCUAAUCCCGAUAAAAUUAUGCUGCUGGCAAUAACUAUAAAGUGGGCUUGCUAUUGCGGGAUAGAAGAUUGUAUUGAAAAGUCAUUACUCAUGUACCGAAGAUGGCGAUCUUAUCCCUUUGGAGAUGAAUUUAAUCCUGUGCCAAAAACUCUUCGAGAAAUUAUUUACAGCACUGCGAUAGAGCACGGAAAUGAGGAGGAUUGGGAAUUUAUGUGGAGCAGAUACCAAAAAUCAUCGGAAGAAGCUAUCCAAUUGAGAUAUCUCAAAGCCCUUGGUUUUUCGCAGGAUGAGCUCCUCUUGCAGCGAUAUCUAGAGCUGAUUUUUGAUCUGGAGAAGCCUUUUAGUGUAGAUCACUUCUCUGAUGCUUUCCAUGCUCUGGUUUCAACCCAAAUGGGCUUUGAGUUGGCCCGAAAAUUUAUCUUGAAUAAUGUGGAUUUAAUAUACAAACAUUUGCAACGCUUUAACGCCAACGCCUGGGCCUAUGGUCUCUUUGAACCACUCUCUAUGUUAAUUCUAUCCCAGGAUGAAUUCAAUUCAUUUAAAGAAUUUUAUUAUCAAUUAUUUUACAAUUCAUUUGCCGACGAAAUGAUGGAGAAAUUGCAAUUGAAACUUCACUUUAUAGAGAGGAGCUCUUACCAGAUUUCUGAAGCCAUUAGUAAAUUUAUUUAAAGUAGGUUAUACUACUUUGGAUACCCUUAAAAACUGAACAAUAUACUUAUUUUUAAAACUUUAUAAGUCUUAUUUCUUGAUCGAAUAGAAAUUGGCAUAAAUGUUUAAAAUAAAUAAAUAAAUAAAAUACUUUCCGUUUAAUACACCUUA